GGGGCCUGUGGCCGCCGUGGAUCGCUGAAUCCAGGGCCACGCUCCCCGCGCCUCGGCUUCGCACUCGCCUAGGUAGUAGCUCCUUCUCCGAGUACACACUGGGGGUCCCCGACACCGGUUCUGCGGGCGAGAUGCCCCUAGGACACAUCAUGAGGCUGGAUCUGGAGAAAAUCGCCCUGGAGUACAUCGUGCCCUGUCUGCACGAGGUGGGCUUCUGCUACCUGGACAACUUCCUGGGCGAGGUGGUGGGCGACUGCGUCCUCGAGCGCGUUAAGCAGCUGCACUGCAACGGGGCCCUGCGGGACGGCCAGCUGGCCGGGCCGCGCGCCGGCGUCUCCAAGAGGCACCUGCGGGGCGACCAGAUCACGUGGAUCGGGGGCAACGAGGAGGGCUGCGAGGCCAUCAGCUUCCUCCUGUCGCUCAUCGACAGGCUGGUCCUGUACUGCGGGAGCCGGCUGGGUAAAUACUACGUCAAGGAGAGGUCCAAGGCGAUGGUGGCUUGCUAUCCAGGAAAUGGAACUGGUUACGUACGCCAUGUGGACAACCCCAAUGGUGAUGGCCGCUGUAUCACCUGCAUCUACUACCUGAACAAAAAUUGGGAUGCCAAGCUACAUGGCGGGAUCCUGCGGAUAUUUCCAGAAGGGAAAUCAUUCAUAGCUGACGUGGAGCCCAUUUUUGACAGACUCUUGUUCUUCUGGUCAGAUCGCAGGAACCCACAUGAAGUCCAGCCUUCCUAUGCAACCAGAUACGCUAUGACUGUUUGGUACUUUGACGCUGAAGAAAGGGCAGAAGCCAAAAAGAAAUUCAGAAAUUUAACAAAAAAAACUGAAUCUGCCCUCACUGAAGACUGACUGUGCUCUGAGAUCCGCUGGCCUCAUUCAUUUUAGUGAUAGUUUCUGAGUUGUCAAGACUUGAGAUCCAAAGAUGGCCUCUUCAGUGAAGACCAACUUCUCUCUACUGCUUGCAUCAUUCACAUCCCUGUCUUGCAUGUGGUACUUUGUGUUUUCUUGCCAAGACUGCAUUGACCUUCCGACACUCUGCCAGAUAAACUCUUUUGCUAACUCCAGAAUUAUUUGCAGACAUCCUAGCUGGCCAGCGGCUUAACUGAGAUUUGGUAACACUGGCUGUAAGAACAAGAGCCCAGAAGCACAGGUGGAAGGAAUCGUACUUGCACUUUAUGUACACUCCUUGAUUUGAAAGGAGAAGGUUUGCAAAGGAAAAAAAUACGUGACAGGUGCCACAGAGGGCAUCACUGAAGCCUUAACAACAGGAAACAGAAAUUUGUGUCAUUUGAACAAUUUCUAGAUGUUCUUAAUCUACACCUGUUAGGGUUUCUGAAGAAUUAUUAUAAUCUAGUGACAUUUUACCUCUAGAAAGGGCUGCUGUUAUAGUCACCAGUUUGUAAGUGUUCCAUAGGGUGGACACUCUUUUUUCCUGGUCCUAUAACCUGGACUUUCUGCCUUGGGCCCAUUUUACUGAAAAUAAUGACUUUCUGAUUGAAGAUGACAACAUCAUUUGUUUUCUAUUUUUUACUUCUUACCUGGAGAACCUAAUUCCCCAGAGGCUAAAACUAGACAUUAGUUGUUUGAGUUGCUUUGUUGGAAUGGAAUUUGAAUUUAAUUUAAAUUAAAGGGGAAAAAAAAUCUUCCUGGUAGUUUAGUGUCAACUUCUGAUAACAAUGGGAAAGAGGUAGGUCUGUUGACAUAAAAUAAACACGUGCACAUCUUGGACAGUUUGAGGGGAGAUGAAGCUGGAAAUGUGGGUGUUCUUGUUUUUUUCUUUUUCAGUUUUCUUUUUUAAUGGGCUUACCUUUCUUCUUUAACAAAAUAUAGAGUGGAGUGUUGUAUUUUAAAAAGGAAAUGGGAUCGCUUCUUGGCCUUUUGGUUAAGAUCAAGUGUAAAAAGGAAAUGGAAUUAAAAAAAAAAACUCACAAAAAAA